ACAACAAGUCGCAACAAAAUAAAAAUCGUGAUAAUAAUAAUUAAAAAAUAAGCUAAUAGAGUACAUUUUAAAAUGGCCCAAGAUAUUAUAUUAGACAACGAGGAGCCCAGCAACAAUAAGGAAACAUUCCUUCAGCAGUUUUGCAAAUCAGUACAAAAUUCAAGUGGCGCUGCUUUACUUGAGGUUAUCCGCCAAGUCUUGGAGGCUCCUAAUGUGUUUGUGUUUGGUGAGCUACUUGUCGAGCCCAAUAUAGUCGCACUAAAAGAUGGGCCCGAUGCCAAAUAUCACAACACUUUGAAUCUGUUUGCCUAUGGCACGUACAAAGAGUACCGUGCAAAGCCGGAUGAAUAUAUUGAACUCACAGCGGCAAUGCAAAAGAAACUGCAGCAUUUGACUAUCGUUUCGUUGGCCAUUAAAACGAAGAGUAUUCCCUAUGCAAUUCUGUUGAACGAGCUGGAAAUCGAUAAUGUGCGUCAUCUGGAGGAUAUUAUCAUUGAGGCCAUUUAUGCGGACAUCAUUCAUGGCAAACUGUUCCAGAACACACGCAUCCUGGAGGUGGACUAUGCCCAGGGACGCGAUAUUCCGCCCGGUUAUACGGGAAAAAUAGUGGAAACCCUGCAGGCUUGGGUCAAUUCCUGUGAUGGGGUCUCCACUGGCAUUGACAUGCAAAUCAAAUAUGCCAAUAUGGAGAAAGCCAAGAGAUUAAGCAACAAGGAACGCAUUGAAUUUGAGUUAAUCAGUCUAAAGAAGGUUUUAAGGACUCAGGCCUCAGAUAGUGAUGAAAGUAUGCAAAUUGACACGCAUGGCUCUGGACCGAGUGGCAGUGGUGGAAAUCUGGGUUCAGAAAUGCGCAAGAAACCAAACAAAAUGAAAAUUCCACGGCCCCAUGGACCAGUUGGCCUCAAGUUUAGCAAGUGAGUGCAGGCGAGUCGAGUGGUAGUGGGUGUUAACCAACAUUACCAUCAACAGCAGCAGCAGCAACAUGCGACGUCACGUGGCCACUAACAUCAUAAACCACUCGACUGCAACACAUUAGGCAAACCAAAACUCAUUUUUGGCCCACACAAACACACACGCAAAUGAAAUCAUCAUUAGGCAUAAUGAUUAUUAAUAAAUAUUUAUGCUGUUAUCAAAUCCAUCAAAUUUCCAAUUACAAAUACACGCAUCCUAUCUAUAAUACAAAUAAA